ACGGGUGGCGGCCAUUACACAGCGCGUUUGGGAGGAAGGUCGGAAGCGCGACGAGUCAACGGAAAAUUCGUUAACGACAGAUCGCGGAUACCGUCCAAAGACAGAAAUCCUUUACCAUCAACCCUAGAUAUAAAACCACCGGUGACACGCAUUUGGUGUUUAAUGAGUUGAUAGCCGAGUCGAACAGCAGUGUUUGGUGCUCGUGCGUCGGCCCGCGCGUGUGGCAGUGUUCAGUGCGGGCGCACUCACUGCUGAUUCGGUCACCGCAGAAUCCGUGAGAAACACCGCAGAAUGGAUGAUAAAACCUUCACGAAAGAGUUAGACCAAUGGGUCGAGCAGCUGAACGAGUGCAAACAGCUCAGCGAGAACCAAGUGCGAACACUCUGCGAGAAGGCUAAAGAGAUUCUCACGAAGGAGUCGAAUGUGCAGGAGGUGCGCUGCCCCGUCACAGUGUGUGGAGAUGUGCACGGCCAGUUUCACGACCUCAUGGAGCUCUUCAGAAUCGGUGGGAAGUCACCUGACACCAACUACCUGUUCAUGGGUGACUAUGUAGACAGAGGAUAUUACUCGGUGGAAACAGUCUCACUGCUUGUUGCACUAAAGGUUCGCUAUCCAGAACGCAUCACGAUAUUGAGAGGAAACCACGAGAGCAGGCAGAUCACACAGGUGUACGGUUUCUAUGACGAGUGCUUGAGGAAAUACGGCAACGCCAACGUCUGGAAGUAUUUCACAGACCUCUUUGACUACCUCCCCCUCACAGCCCUGGUGGAUGGGCAGAUCUUCUGCCUGCACGGUGGUCUCUCUCCAUCCAUAGACACGCUGGAUCACAUUCGUGCGCUGGAUCGUCUGCAGGAGGUGCCGCAUGAGGGCCCCAUGUGUGACCUGCUGUGGUCGGACCCUGAUGAUCGUGGUGGCUGGGGAAUCUCUCCUCGAGGAGCUGGUUACACCUUUGGACAGGACAUUUCUGAGACCUUCAACCACGCUAACGGCCUGACCCUGGUGUCCCGCGCACAUCAGCUGGUCAUGGAGGGUUACAACUGGUGUCAUGAUAGGAACGUCGUCACGAUCUUCAGCGCGCCGAACUACUGCUAUCGCUGUGGGAACCAGGCAGCCAUUAUGGAGCUGGAUGAUACUCUUAAAUAUUCAUUUCUUCAGUUUGACCCCGCUCCUCGACGCGGAGAGCCCCAUGUCACCCGCCGCACCCCCGACUACUUCCUAUAAGCCAGCUCAACACCAAACCUUAGGACAAUUCCAGACACGCAUACAUCUAUUCACACCAUGUGUAAAUAAACAGGGGAGAUGUUCUGACGCAACACUAACACGGACCAAAAUGUGCCAUACAAGCAUUUAAUGCCCAAAUCCGAUCGCUCUGUCUCAGUACUGCUACAAAGUGUCUCGUUUUAGCAUAUAGUGCAAAUUGCCUGCUGUAUACAAUGACUAGAGAUGUUCCCUUCGUUCUUGAAUUGUAAAUUACUCUGAGUGAAAAAAAAAGCAAGUGACUAGCUUUCUCUCUUACAGCAUCACUGGAAAAAAACAUGGCGAUGCCAGGCAUGUGAAAAACGGUAACAUUUUAUACAAGUGCACAAGCUGACAUUCUUUCCUCCUGUAUUCACUCAAAAUAACACUCACACACACAAACAAAUCCUAUCGGGAAGGAAUGUCGAAACCGAAGGACGUGCCUCUUCCGUUCUGGGAGUGAACACACACAAGUGUACAUGGACUUUAUCUGACUGUUCCUCUUUGUCUAAUCUUACCAUUUUCUUUUCUUUUGUGUUUCCUGUCUUCUGUGUAUUUGUUAAUAAGUGAUAGCCUCUUCUUUGGUGUAUUUGAACUAAUAAAGUACUUUUAAUCGCAAGCUACUCCAAAACCA